GCACACUCAAACCACUCUGUUUAGUUCUAUCACAGAAACAGAACCUACAACUACAGCUCAAUCAACAUUUACAAGAGUUACAUCCCCAAUGUCCACCUCCACAUUAGAAUCACCUACAAGUCAAUCUGGAUCAACAUUGCAAACUACAGUGUACACAACAGGUACCUCUCCAACUACUUCAACAGAAGGACAAAGUACUUCAGAAUUGAUUUCAUCAACAAAUGAAAUAUCUUUAUCAACUGUAGAGCAAACUACAAGCCAGCCGGCACAAACCACUCUGUUUACUACUACCACAGAAACAGAAUCUUCAACAACAGCUCAAUCAGCAUUUACAACAGCUAUGUCCCCAACGAGCACGUCCACAUUAGAGUCAUCUACAAGUGAAAGUGCAUCAAUUGUGCAAACUACUGUAUACACAACAGGUACCUCUCCACCUUCACCAACUACUUCAACAGAUGGACAAAGUACAUCCGAAUUAACUUCAUCAGGAACAGUAAAGGCUUCAUCUACUGUAGAGCAAACAACAAGCCAGCAGACUCAAACCACUCUGUUUAGUUCUAUCACAGAAACAGAACCUACAACUACAGCUCAAUCAAUAUUUACAAGAGUUACAUCCCCAAUGUCCACUUCCAAAUUAGAAUCACCUACAAGUCAAACCGGAUCAACAUUGCAAUCUACUGUGUACACAGCAGGUACCUCCCUAUCUACUUCAACAGAAGGACAACGUACUUCAGAAUUAAUUUCAUUAGGAACAGCAAUGCCUUCAUCUACUGUAGAGCAAACAACAAGCCAGCAGACUCAAACCACUCUGUUUAGUUCUAUCACAGAAACAGAACCUACAACUACAGCUCAAUCAACAUUUACAAGAUUUACAUCCCCAAUGUCCACCUCCAAAUUAGAUUCACCUACAAGUCAAACAGGAUCAACAUUGCAAUCUACCAUGUACACAGCAGGUACCUCCCCAUCUACUUCAACAGAAGGACAAAGUACUUCAGAAUUAACUUCAUUAGGAACAGCAAUGCCUUCAUCUACUGCAGAGCAAUUAACAAGCCAGAACACUCAAACCACUCUGUUUAGUUCUAUCACAGAAACAGAACCUACAACGACAGCUCAAUCAACAUUUACAACAGCUUUGUCCCCAAUGACUGAAACCACAAUAGAAUCAUCUACAAGUGAAAGAACUUCAACAGUGGUAACUACAUCAUCCUCAAUAGGUACAUCUCCAUCUUCAAUGUCUUCUGUAACAGACAGUCAAAGUACAUCAGAGAUGAUUUCAUCAACAACAGGAAUGCCUCCUUCUAAUUCAGCACAAACAACAAGCCAGGAGACACAAAGCUCUAUUUUUACUACUACCACAGAAACAGAACCUACAACAACAGUUCAAUACACAUUUACAACAGAUACAUCCCCAAUGUCCACCUCCACAUUAGAAUCACCUACAAGUAAAACCGGAUCAACUUUGCAAACUCCUGUGUACACAACAGGUACCUCUCCAUCUUCACCAUCUACUUCAACAGAAGGACAAAGUACUUCAGAAUUAGCUUCAUCAGCAACAGCAAUGGCUUCAUCUACUGUAGAGCAAACAACAAGCCAGCACACUCAAACCACUCUGUUAAGUUCUACCACAGAAACAGAACCUGCAACGACAGCUCAAUCAACAUUUACAACAUAUAUAUCUGCGAUGACCACUAAA